UAUUAGUGAUAAGCGAAGACUCCGCACGAACCCGACACUACUCGCCCGAUCCCGCUUCGACCCGGACGUUUUCACAGAUAAAAAAAAUAUACACAAAAAUGGUCCUCGGAAGUAUAAUGCGCUCCGCGACGAAGCUCAGCAGAUCAGGCAUCACACACUGCUGUCGGAGAGCUUUUUACAGCACGGACAGUAAAGGACGUUACUAUACAAAGAAACAUGAGUGGGUAUCUAUUGAUUCUGGCGUUGGAACUAUUGGAAUUUCAAGCUACGCCCAGGAUGCCCUUGGUGAAGUAGUAUUUGCGCAGUUGCCUGAAGUAGGGCGGACAGUUGCUGUGGGCGAGGAAUGCGGCGCCCUAGAAAGUGUCAAAGCUGCCAGUGAGGUCUACACCCCAGUCUCCGGAACUGUGACUGAAAAGAACGACACGGUUGAAUCAACACCAUCUCUUAUCAACAAGUCCUGCUAUGACGAAGGCUGGCUGUUUCGAGUGAAACUCUCGUCACCAGAAGAACUGAAGCAACUUAUGAACCAGAUGGAGUACGACAAAUACCUUGAAGAAUCACAUUGAUAUUCGACUCGAUCGUUUUCCGGACAAAGAUAUUUAACGAAUUUCCGACUAUUUUUCUCAUGAAUCAAUAUGACAAUAUAUUCGAUAAUUCACGUGAUAGUA